AAGUAUACUCGUCGGGUGAAAUAAAUAUAAACAAAGCGAGCGAAUAAAUCAAACGAAGAUUAUAUAUAAAUUUAUAAUAUAUAAACUCGAGACAGCAUCAAUCAAUCUGCUUUUCAAAAAAUCAAAAUUGGAUUUGGGAAUUUUUCCGGACGAGUAAAGGCUUCGUGCUUGGUGCGUCGAUUGUGUGUGUUUCCUUCUCUCCUUUCGACUGCUCGAUCUCUAGGGAUUUUUCAUCUGAUCACCUUCUUCUCUGUCGCUUUUUGAAGAAGUUUUUGUCUUUUAUAGUUGAAGUGGGUUUUGAACAAAACUUAUUCAGAUGGAUAAUGGAUGAUGAAAGAUAUGGACUUUGAAUAAAUAGUACACGAAUUUUCUUGUCUGUUGGACCUGACCAAGCCAAGAAUCUUUGUGGGGGCGUCUGAUUGGCUCGAGCUUCUGGGAUUAUCAUCACACGUGUCGAGUUGCAGCAUAGACAAAUGGAGGACGAUGGAGAAAUGGGGAUGUUCAGCAAGAAUCCACUUGAAACGGUUGAGUCUUGCGGGUUCAUCUUCACUUGCUUUGUUGCUGCCCUUGUUGGUAUUCUCACCAUAGCCUACACUGCUUCUCAGUGGCGAAGGAAUAUCAACUUAAGCUGGACAAAAGCCAUCGCCAGGUCGAAGAAAAACCCAAAGGCGCGGCACAAGACUCCCGUCGCCCCGCAUAGCUGGGAACGCGACUCUGUAUCCCGCGCCAAGAACUUGAACUGCUCUGUGUGCUUGAAGUCGAUGUCGCCUUCUCAGACAAUUGUAGCUUCAGAAAGUGUUAUCCACAGGUGCACGAUCUGCGGAGCGGCAGCUCAUUUUAGUUGCUCUUCAAGUGCCCCUAAAGAUUGCAAAUGCGUCUCCAUGGUUGGAUACGAGCAUGUGGUGCACCAGUGGGCAGUGCGGUGGACGGAAGGUGCUGACCAGUCUGACGAAUCCUCGUUUUGUAGCUACUGUGAUGAGUCGUGUAGUAGCUCCUUUCUUGGGGGUUCUCCUGUAUGGUGCUGCUUGUGGUGUCAACGUCUUGUCCAUGUCGACUGUCACAGUAAUAUGUCAAACGAAACAGGUGACGUUUGUGAUCUAGGCCCUCUUAGAAGGCUUGUCUUGUGUCCUCUCUAUGUUAAGGAGUUAACACGGAAUCCUUCUGGAGGGUUUUUGAGCACGAUCACGCAUGGUGCUAACGAACUUGCAUCUACGGUCCGUGCCAGUAUCAGGAUUCAAAGCAAAAAAUACAAGCAAGGUAAUGAAACUUCGGUUGACUCGGAUAAUAGUGGUAGCAAUUGUGAUGAAUCGACGGAAAGCACAGCUGAUACAAGUCCAGCUGUUGUUAAUGGCACCCAUUCCGCGUUGGAAAACUCAAGCAGCGUUGUGAAUGGAGGUUCCUCUAACGAGGACAGCGAUGAGAAGAAGCCUAGUGUUAAAAGAAGCGGUUCCUUUGGUAAGAAAGAUAAAUAUCAGGGACUAAGGUCCAAACUUAAGUAUGAGCUAGCUGAUUUGCCUCCAGAUGCAAGACCGUUGUUGGUUUUCAUUAACAAAAAGAGUGGGGCUCAACGAGGUGAUUCUCUUCGGCAGCGUCUUAAUCUUCUUCUAAAUCCCGUGCAGGUGUGUGAAUUGAGUUCAGUGCAAGGACCAGAAGUGGGGCUUCUCCUCUUCAGGAAGGUUCCUCACUUUAGAGUUCUUGUUUGUGGUGGAGAUGGCACUGCUGGUUGGGUAUUGGAUGCCAUAGACAAACAGAAUUUCGUCUCUCCUCCCGCGGUUGCUAUCCUGCCUGCUGGAACCGGGAAUGAUCUAUCCCGGAUAUUGAACUGGGGUGGUGGUUUGGGUUCUGUUGAGAGACAAGGAGGUUUAUCUACUGUGUUGCAGAACAUAGAGCAUGCUGCAGUCACUGUCCUUGAUCGUUGGAAGGUAUCGAUUCUGAAUCAACAAGGAAAGCAACUCCAGCCGCCAAAAUAUAUGAACAAUUAUAUAGGGGUUGGGUGUGAUGCGAAGGUCGCCCUUGAUAUUCACAAUCUACGGGAGGAGAAUCCAGAGAGAUUUUAUAGCCAGUUUAUGAACAAAGUCCUAUAUGCUAGAGAAGGUGCAAGGAGUAUAAUGGACAGAACAUUCGAAGAUUUCCCUUGGCAAGUUCGAGUGGAGGUGGAUGGUGUUGACAUCGAGGUUCCUGAGGAUGCGGAAGGAGUACUUGUUGCAAACAUCGGAAGUUACAUGGGAGGUGUGGAUUUAUGGCAGAAUGAAGAUGAAACAUAUGAAAACUUUGAUCCGCAAUCUAUUCACGACAAGGUAGUAGAAGUCGUGAGUAUAUCUGGAACGUGGCACCUUGGCAAACUCCAGGUUGGGUUAUCUCAAGCCAGAAGGUUAGCUCAGGGGCAAUCAGUGAAGAUACAACUUUGUGCGCCGUUGCCUGUGCAAAUCGAUGGAGAACCUUGGUCUCAGCAACCAUGUACCUUAACGAUAUCGCACCAUGGCCAGGCUUUCAUGCUAAAGAGAGCAGCGGAGGAGCCACUGGGUCACGCAGCGGCUAUAAUCACAGAUGUUCUAGAGAAUGCAGAAACAAAUCAAGUGAUCAACGCUUCACAGAAACGAGCUCUGCUUCAAGAAAUGGCUGUAAGGUUAACUUAAAAAGAAGAAAGGAUUGGUUUCUGCUUCAUCUGGUUAGUCACUGUCUGAUAGAAGUUUUCAAAUAUAUGUGUAUUUACAUAUCUCGUCUCUCUGUCUAAACGAAUGGAAUCUUAUACAAGUAUUGGAGAUUGAAUCCGCUGAGUGCAGAAGCGGGUUCUGUUCUGCGUGGAAGUAGGAAAAACAAAGAUUUUUGGCAGUUCUCAUAGUGUUGUAGCGUCAUGAGUCAUGAAUGGAACUGAUACAAAGCUUGUUAAAUUAUCUCUUUAUCAUUUCUAGAAAGAAUCAUGUAUAUAUGUAUAUUAUGAUUUAGAGGAAGCCUGUUCCUUUUCUUUGAUGCAUUAUGUAUCUUGUAAAUGUUUUUCCAACUUGUAUUUACCUCUGAAUAUAGUACAUUUUGGCUUCUCUCA